GCUGCUACUACCGUUUUGAGGAUGCCGUAGUACGCCUUCCUGUUUUUGGUAACUACGCCACUUAACGAGCUAAGCUCUAUCUAUACCAAUUUGUUCUCUCUUCGAGGCAUAAACACUGAAAUGAAGACAAGAGUCUAGUCUGUGUGCUUCACAACAUGCUGACCUCCGACAUGCUGUUGACUACUAUGUCCUGCCGGCGCCUCCCUUCUUGUUCGUGGUUGUUGGCUCCUUCCUGCUGGCUCCACGCCGCUCCGCCUCAACAACAGCCAACACGCAGUAGUGACAGAUUGAACACAUCUUCUCCUUUACAGAUAUGACCAAAAGGAAAGCUGGCAGAGCGAUCGAUCGCGAGGAAUUCAAAAAGCGCGCUCGUCAAGAGAUAGCGCCUCAGCCUUCUAGCCCUGAGGAUAUCAAGAGGGCUCUGAUCAAGUCCAGCCAUGAUUCUUACAGAUUUACAAUGGAGCAAUGGUCGAAGUAAGCCGCAACUCACCCUUUCUCACCGGCAGCUACAGAUUCUUGUUUGAUGUGAUACCGUUCUUCAGCCACUUCUCUCUCCUAUCCUCUAUCGCAGCAGAAAAAAUACAACUGUUGAAGGCAUGCCGGCAACCAUGUUGUGCGAUGCAUCGAAGACCGCUUUGCCUUCUGACUCUGCUGUAGCGCCGCCAUCAAAACAUUUUCCAGUUCUGGAAUGCUAAUCUGAUAGGGUUAGCCUAGACGCACAUUGUCCCAAAUUGCAAAGACGAUCAGAUGUUGCAAGUGUAAUCACCGAGGCUGUAUCCGUCUUAUGGGCACCUGCCCUUAGCGCUGUGUGCUUUGGCAGCUGGCUCUAGC